AUGUAUAAUAGUAGUGGUAAUGAAUGGAUGAUGAUGGGGAAUUCUGAGGCGGCGAUGCCGGUGGGGUGGAGUCGGCAAGAUGACAAGAUUUUCGAGAAGGCUUUGGUGGAUUUUUCUGAGGAGCUGGAGGAGAACCGAUGGCAUAAAAUCGCGGAUCGGCUGCCUGGAAAGACUCCGAAUGAUGUCAGGGCACAUUACGAGGCACUUUUGCACGAUGUGUACGAGAUUGAUUCCGGUCGGGUCGACCUGCCGAGUUAUUAUGAUGACGAGUCAGACACGUUUGAGUGGAACCAGGUUGAAUCGAGAAGGCCGGGUCAGAUCUCCUUUGGGUCGAGUGGGCACAAAACGAAGAACGAAGUAGAAAGGAAGAAAGGAACACCUUGGACAGAGGAAGAACACAGGUUGUUUUUAAUCGGGCUCAACAAAUAUGGCAAAGGUGAUUGGAGAAGCAAUUCAAGAAAUGUAGUAGAUACGAGGACACCAACACAAGUAGCUAGUCAUGCACAGAAAUAUUAUCUUCGUCAAACAGCCGUGAAAAAAGAGAGAAAAAGGUCGAGCAUCCAUGACAUUACGACAGCUGAUAAUAGUGUAACAGUGCCUCCACCUGUCCAUCUCCCCGAUCAAGGAGGUUUAAACCUUCAUCAAUUUGUUACUUUAUUGCAGAAGAUUGUACUGAAUGUGAAUCUCAGUGGCGGUGAAGCAUGUCCAAAGACACUGGAGAAAGCAUUGUUCAAACUCACAGGUAGGCAUGAAAGGAAAAGCACCCAUUUCCACUUUCGACCCAUAGUACAGGCUCAAGAUCUACAAUACGGAUAUCGUAUGUCUACAAAGGAUAUGGUAGAGAAGCUGUCCCAAUCCCACACGGUACUGUCUCUGAAGCACAAUAAAACUUAUGGAGGGAAAGACCUCCACUGGUAUGCCCGUGAUAAAAAAUCUGAGGCUACAAAUUCAGUGCCUAUUAAAGAAGAGAUACAACGGAUCAAGGAGGAAGAGGAGCAAGCCAUGAGAGAGGCUCUAGGCUUAGCCCUAAACGGGCAAAAAAGUCUUAAGGUUCAGGGUCUUGGUUCAUCUAGGGUUCCCCGGCCUAGGGAAGAAUCAAGUUUACCUGCCAAUCUGGAGUCCGAGUCACUUGAGAAGAUGAAUAAUCCCAUGCUAAUCGCACCUGUAAGGAAUGAUGAUGAAGAGACCGAAGAAGAAAGUAACAGAAAGAGAAGAAAACGUAAGGAGAAGAAACGCAAGAAGCACGAAAAGCGAGAGAAUCGACACUCUCGUGCUUCAGAUGACAACAAGAGGAAACACAACAAAGAGAAGGAAAAGAGAAGACACGAUACAGAUUGA